AACAUCUAAACCACAAAGUAUGAGGCAUGUCUCACGAUGAAACUUUCUCAUACAAUAAUUUGUGUAAAUUAAUUAAAUCACCUAUUUUGAAUAUUAAAACGCAAAUUUUUUGAUCCUGUGAUCAUUAUAUGUCGUGUCUCACAAGGAGACAGUCUCAUAUAAAAUUUGAGCUUUGAGCCUUGGGUUUGGGCUUGGGCAUAGGCUUUUGACAAUUAUUUGGGCUUGGUCUGACAUGGAAAUACUACCAACCAGGAAAACAACUCAUUUCUUCUUCAACCCAAACAUAAAGCCCUAACCGAAAACCCACUAUUACGGUAUUACCCUCACAGCCUCAUAAGUUCAUCUUCUACAAAACCCUAAUUUUACUUCUCUGCCGUUCUUCCCAAAAACCCAUUUCUCAUCGAGACGAAAGAAAACACACAAACCCAUUUCCAUGGCGACUCGCUUGAAGAAGAACAGAAAGAAGAGAGGCCACGUUUCAGCUGGUCACGGUCGUAUCGGAAAACAUAGAAAACAUCCAGGAGGAAGAGGAAAUGCAGGAGGUAUGCAUCACCACAGAAUCCUUUUCGACAAAUACCAUCCUGGAUACUUCGGUAAGGUUGGUAUGAGGUAUUUUCACAAAUUGAGGAACAAAUUCCAUUGUCCAAUUGUUAAUCUUGACAAACUUUGGUCACUGGUACCUGAAGAUGUGAAAGAAAAGGCAGCUAAAGAAGGAAAAGCACCUGUGAUUGAUGUUACUCAAUCUGGGUAUUUUAAGGUUUUGGGUAAAGGUGUUUUGCCUGAGAAUCAGCCUGUUGUUGUGAAAGCUAAGUUGAUUUCAAAGAUUGCUGAGAAGAAGAUUAAGGAAAAUGGCGGUGCUGUUGUUCUCACUUCUUAAGUUGGGUAGUUUUUUUCAUUAAUGUCAUCUUGAAAUGUUAUAUUUUUGGUACUCUAUGUUUAAUUUUGAGAACCUUUUGGCAUGGUUAAAUGAAAUGAAUUAGUUUGAUGACUA